AGUAAAUAAAUUCAUGGAUCAGGGAUUCAAGCUCACCUAAAAACAAAGAGAGAGAGAGAGAGAGAGAGAGAGAGAGAGAGAGAGCCUGGCCGUAGCUGCUACCGACCGAAGACCCAUCUCAAAAUUGGGGUUUUUGGCUUGCUUUCCCUUGAUUGUGGUGAAGUUUUAGAAGAAUUUGAAGUGUAAACUUGAGGGGAGGAUGGUUAAUUUGGUCUAUGGAUAGGGAGCUGAAGAGGAAAGAAGAGUAGCAAUGCAUUGGAAGAGCAAAGGUGGGGCCUUUGGGGAGUUGCAGGCUAGAAAUGUGGUUUCUGCGAAAUGGACUCUCAUGCUUUGUAUUUUAUGCUUUUGCGCCGGGCUUCUCUUCACAAAUAGAUUAUGGACAUUGCCUGAACCGCAAGAUGCAAUAAUACCAAGUAGGAAUCAAGAUUAUACGACUAAGCUAGCUGGAGGUUGCAAUUCAAAAACUAUCAACGAAGACAGAGACCAUAAAGAGAUGCUAGGAGAAGCAUCAAAAGCCAAUUAUGCCAUACACACAUUAGAUAAAACUAUAGAGAACUUAGAAAUGGAAUUAGGAGCAGCAAGGGCUGCACAAGAGUCUAUAAUCAAUGGUUCUCCAUUAUCGGAUGACCUGAAGGAUAUGUCGACUGGUGUAAGACGGAAAUAUUUGAUGGUUGUAGGGGUCAAUACUGCUUUUAGCAGCCGUAAAAGAAGAGAUUCAGUUCGCAGCACUUGGAUGCCUCAAGGCGUGAAAAGAAGGAAGCUUGAAGAAGAAAAGGGCAUCAUCAUCCGCUUUGUCAUAGGGCAUGGUGCAACGCCUGGUGGUAUUCUGGACAAAGCAAUUGAAGCUGAGGAUAGGAAACAUGGAGAUUUUCUGAGGCUGGAUCAUGUUGAGGGGUAUCUUGAGCUGUCUGGGAAGACAAAAGCAUAUUUUUCCACUGCUGUCAGUAUAUGGGAUGCAGAAUUUUACGUGAAGGUUGAUGAUGACAUACAUGUAAAUAUAGCAACUCUUGGGGCAACUCUUUCGAAGCACAGAUCAAAGCAUGGGGUAUACAUUGGAUGCAUGAAGUCUGGACCUGUCUUGGCUCAGCAUGGAGUGAGAUAUCAUGAGCCGGAGUACUGGAAAUUUGGGGAAUAUGGAAACAAGUAUUUUCGACAUGCAACUGGUCAAUUAUACGCCAUUUCAAGAGACUUGGCUACUUACAUAUCAAUAAACCAGCAUGUACUUCACAAGUAUGCAAAUGAGGAUGUCUCAUUGGGAGCUUGGUUUAUUGGCUUGGAUGUGGAACAUAUUGAUGAUCGCAGACUAUGUUGUGGCACCCCACCUGACUGUGAGUGGAAGGCUCAGGCCGGCAACAUCUGUGUUGCCUCAUUCGACUGGACUUGCAGUGGCAUCUGCAGGUCAGCUGAAAGGAUGAAAGAGGUUCAUCGCCGAUGCAGUGAAGGCGAGAAUGUUCUUUGGAAAGCUUCUUUUUAGUCAAAUGGCUGCAGGUUUGUAUCAUCACAAGGAUGCGUCAAUCAAUGUAUGUAAUUGCGUAAGCUAAUGCUUCGGAGGGACCUUGUAUCUAUUUUAGGAGAGGUCUCUUAGAACAGAAGGGUGAGGCUAGAGUUGUUCAGCCCUUGCAUUCUUUAGAACAGUGGAUGGCCCUUUUUUUCACUUUAUGUUGGCCACCAGCAUGCAAUAAUCAUAGCGAUUCAUUUCAUAAAAUGGUCUUUUGCUGCCCUUU